GGAGACGGAGGGCGCGGACGGAGACGGGACCGGCUAACCCUUUCUUCAGAUUGUGGCCCCCGUGAAGGCCGAGCCGCUGCAAGCCGCGCGACUCCUCCACUCCCCAUGCCUCUGGCUGGCCUCCGUUACCUCUGGUUGACCCGGACUAGUUUCUGCCGCCGGUUUCCCGCGGGAUCCGACGCUUGAAGAGGACCAACCGCCGCCGAGAGUUUUGCAGCCUGGCCAACCAGAGGCGGGGGUGGGAGCCGGGCGGGCGGCGAGGAGAGAGAGACGGAUUUCUCCUGGGAAGGGUGUGUGGGUCUGGCUGGGAUUCCCGGGCGAGCAGGGAGCCCGAUCUGGUGCCCGGGGUUCUCAGGUUCCCUCCCCGCUCGGUGGGGAUUUCGGCGGGGCCGGCCUCUCCCAUCAGAAGCCCUCUUCAGUUGUUGGGUCUGAGCCUUGGCGAUCAUGUCCCAGCAGACAUGGUCUGCUAGCCUGUCCCUAGACUCUUCGGCGCCACGCACCAGCUGCCUGGACCUCUGGAGAGAGAAGAAUGACCGGCUUGUUCGACAGGCCAAGGUGGCUCAGAACACACGCCUGUCUCUGAGGCGACAGCAGUUGGCUCAAGACACACUCGAAGGGCUUAGGGAGCUCCUCCACAGUCUGCAAGGGCUCCCUGCAGCUAUUUCGGUUCUCCCCUUGGAGCUGACUGUCAUCUGUAACUUCAUUACUCUGAGGGUGAGCCUGGCCCGGGGUUUCACUGACGACCUGACCCAGGAUAUUCAACAGGGUCUUGAGAGAGUGCUGGAGACGCAGGAGCAACUCGGACCCAGGGUGGGACAGGGACUUGGGGAGCUGUGGGACGCCAUCCUUCGUGCUUCCUCUCUUUUGCCGGAGCUGCUCCCUGCCCUACACCACCUGGUUGGCCUGCAGGCUGCUCUCUGGCUGAGCACUGACCGUAUUGGGGACCUGGCCUUGCUGUUGCAAACCCUGAAUGGUAGCCAGAGUGGGGCCUCUGAAGAUCUGUUGCUACUUCUAAAAACUUGGAGCCCUCCAGUUAAGGAAUCAGAUGCCCCACUGACUCUGCAGGAUGCCCAGGGUUUGAGGGAUGUCCUUUUGACAGCAUUUGCCUUCCGCCAAGGUCUCCAGGAGCUGAUUACAGGGAGUCUGCCUAGGGCACUGAGCAUUCUGCAUGAAGCGGCCUCAGGUCUGUGUCCACGACCUGUGUUGGUCCAGGUGUACACAGCACUGGGGACCUGUCUCCGUAAAAUGGGAAAUCCACAGAGAGCACUGCUGUACUUGAUUGCAGCCCUGAAAGUAGGAACAGCCUGUGGUCUUCCACUUCUGGAGGCUUCCAGAUUAUAUCAGCAACUGGGGGACGCAUCAGCAGAGCUGGAGAGUCUGGAGCUGCUGGUUGAGGCCUUGAGUGCUACUCAUAGCUUUGAAGCUCCCCAGCUUCUCAUUGAGGUAGAAUUACUACUCCCACAACCUGACCAAGCCUCUCCCCUUCACUGUGGCACACAGAGCCAGGCUAAGCACCUGCUAGCGAGCCGAUGCCUACAAUUGGGGAGGGCAGAAGACGCUGCAGAGCAUUACUUGGACCUGCUGGCCCUGUUGCUGGAUGGCUCAGAGCCAAGGUUUUCCCCACCUCCUGCCCCUCCAGGGCCUUGUGUGCCAGAGGUGUUCUUGGAGGCAGCAGCAGCAAUGAUCCAGGCAGGCCGAGCCCAGGAUGCUUUGACCAUAUGUGAAGAGCUUCUCAGCCGCACAUCAGCUCUGCUUCCCAAGAUGUCCCAGCUGUGGGAAGAUGCCAGAAAAGGAGCCAAAGAACUGCCACACUGCCCACUCUGGGUCUCUGCUACCCACUUGCUUCAGGGCCAGGCCUGGGUACAACUGAAAGCCCAAAAAGAGGCAGUUAGUGAAUUUAGCUGGUGCCUUGAGCUGCUCUUCCGGGCCACACCCGAGGACAAAGAACAAGGAGCAGUUCCCAACUGUGAGCAGGGGUGUAAGUCUGAUGUGGUACUGCAGCAACUUCGGGCAGCUGCCUUGAUUAGUCGUGGACUAGAAUGGGUAGCCAGUGGCCAGGAUACCAAAGCCUUAAAGGACUUCCUCCUCAGUGUACAGAUGUCCCCAGGCAACAAAGAUGCAUCCUUUCACCUGCUUCAGACUUUGAAGAAGCUGGAUCGGAAGGAUGAGGCCCUUGUUCUCUGGCAGAGGCUGAAGGUCCAAACUCAGAUGCCACAGGAAGAAGCUGCCUGGUCUCUUCCCCUAUACCUAGAAACCUAUUUGAGUUGGAUCCAUCCCCCUGACUGUGAAACUCUCCUUGAAGAGUUUCGGACAGCACUCCUGGAGCCUUGUGACCUGUAGCAACCAUGUUGCCAAGAAAGAACUUGAGCUGGGACCCUAGUGGACCAUCUCUGUGG